AUGCGGUUUUGUCACGAUUUCCACAAGUUUUUAUUAUUAUUGAACUUUUUUUUUAUUUUUUUAUUAAGGGCCGCGAGGGCUGGCCAACUGGAUAAAGUUUUGGAACAUCUUAAAACUAAUAUUGACAUAAACACAUCAAAUGCCGUACAUGGUCACGUAAACGUCGUGACGGAAUUGCUCAAGCGCGGUGCCAUCGUGGAUGCGGCUACUAAAAAAGGGAACACUGCACUGCACAUAGCUUCGUUAGCAGGUCAAGAAGAAGUUGUCAAAUUGCUGGUACAAAGCGGAGCUGCCGUAAAUGUACAGUCACAAAAUGGAUUCACUCCGCUAUAUAUGGCGGCUCAGGAAAAUCACGAUAACGUCGUCAAGUUUCUAUUGGCCAACGGAGCCAAUCAAAGCCUCUCGACGGAGGAUGGGUUCACGCCGUUGGCCGUCGCGAUGCAACAGGGUCACGAUAAAGUUGUGGCGGUUUUGUUAGAAAGUGACACACGCGGUAAAGUUCGACUUCCUGCUCUACACAUAGCUGCUAAAAAAGACGACUGUAAAGCAGCUUCACUUCUCCUUCAAAACGAUCACAAUCCGGAUGUGACUUCUAAAUCUGGUUUUACCCCUCUUCACAUUGCUGCUCAUUACGGAAACGAAAGUAUUGCCAAUUUAUUGUUGUCGAAAGGAGCCGAUGUGAAUUAUUCCGCCAAGCAUAAUAUAACACCUUUACACGUGGCUGCCAAAUGGGGUAAAAGUAAUAUGGUGGCCUUACUUUUGGAAAAAGGUGGAAACAUUGAAUCUAAAACGAGAGAUGGUUUAACUCCGUUACACUGCGCGGCAAGAUCCGGUCACGAACAAGUUGUUGACAUGCUUUUAGAACGAGGAGCUCCGAUUAGUUCCAAAACUAAAAAUGGUUUGGCGCCACUUCACAUGGCAUCACAGGGUGAUCAUGUGGAUGCUGCUCGUAUUCUUCUUUAUCAUCGAGCACCCGUGGAUGAAGUCACCGUCGACUAUUUAACGGCUUUACACGUGGCUGCUCAUUGCGGUCACGUGAGAGUUGCAAAAUUGUUACUGGACAGAAAAGCAGAUCCCGACGCGAGAGCAUUGAACGGAUUUACUCCAUUACACAUCGCGUGUAAAAAAAACAGGAUAAAAGUUGUAGAACUUUUGUUAAAACACGGCGCAAGCAUUGAAGCAACGACGGAGUCCGGUCUAACGCCAUUACACGUGGCUAGCUUUAUGGGAUGCAUGAACAUAGUCAUUUUCCUUUUGCAACACAAUGCGAGUCCAGACGUUCCAACGGUUAGAGGAGAAACUCCAUUACAUUUAGCUGCCAGAGCCAAUCAGACGGACAUUAUUCGUAUUUUAUUAAGAAACGGAGCUCAAGUCGAUGCUCGAGCAAGGGAACAGCAAACUCCUCUACACAUCGCAUCACGUUUGGGUAACGUCGAUAUCGUAAUGUUGCUGCUACAACACGGUGCUCAAAUCGAUGCAACAACAAAAGACUUAUACACGGCUCUUCACAUAGCCGCUAAGGAGGGUCAAGAGGAGGUUGCGACCGUUUUUUUGGAAAAUGGAGCAAAUUUAAAGGCGACAACGAAAAAAGGUUUCACGCCCUUGCAUUUGGCGGCUAAAUAUGGUAACAUGAAAGUGGCACAGCAACUCUUGCAGAGAGAUGCUCUCGUCGAUGCUCAGGGAAAGAAUGGAGUCACGCCAUUGCACGUCGCGAGUCACUACGAUAAUCAAGCCGUGGCGUUGUUACUUUUGGACAAGGGAGCAUCACCUCAUGCGACGGCUAAAAAUGGACACACGCCAUUACACAUAGCCGCUCGUAAAAAUCAAAUGGAUAUUGCCGCGACGCUGCUGGAAUAUGGUGCGAAAGCUGAUUCUGAAUCCAAAGCGGGUUUUACUCCUUUACAUUUGGCUUCACAGGGAGGUCAUACCGACAUGGUAAAACUUUUAUUGGAACAUCAGGCUGAUGGAAAUCACAAGGCGAAGAACGGACUUACACCUCUCCAUCUUUGCGCCCAAGAGGAUAAAUCAAAUGUUGCUGCUGUCUUGGUUAAGAACGGAGCUCAAAUAGAUGCUCCAACAAAAUCAGGGUACACUCCUCUUCACGUAGCCAGUCAUUUCGGACAGGCAAACACGGUUAAAUAUCUUCUUCAAGAAGGUGCGGAUCCAUCGAAAUCGACAGCCAUCGGCUACACACCACUACAUCAAGCAGCUCAACAAGGGCAUGCUCCGAUUGUUCAAUUGCUUUUAAAUAAUGGAGCUUCGCCAAACACUCAAACGGCGAGCGGUCAAACACCUCUUUCGAUAGCUCAAAAAUUAGGUUACAUAGGUGUCGUGGAAGCAUUGAAGGGAGUCACAACGGCAGAAAGUUCAACUCCUCAAACCGAUGAAAAAUAUAAGGUCGUAGCACCUGAAACCAUGCAGGAAACUUUUAUGUCAGACUCCGAAGAUGAAAACGGAGAAGACACCGUGUUGAGCGAUCAACCCUACAGGUACCUCACAGUUGACGAAAUGAAAAGUUUAGGAGAUGAUUCUCUACCGAUUGACGUCACAAAAGAUGAAAGAUUCGAUUCGAACAAAGAAUCUUUCGGUAUGCCCAGCAUCGAAGAUUCAUUCACUAUGCAAACGACUAAAACGAGUAUGGCGGGCGUUCAAGGUUCGAAUUAUUCAUCCGACAAUGUGGAUGUUGCGAGACAACCGGUUAAUAUCGGCUUCCUCGUCAGUUUCCUCGUGGAUGCACGUGGAGGUGCGAUGAGAGGUUGUCGUCAUUCGGGUGUCAGAGUCAUCAUACCCCCGAGAAAAGCCACGAUGCCUAUGAGAGUAACAUGUAGAUAUUUAAAAAGAGACAAAAUAGUUCAUCCACCGCCGCUGAUGGAGGGAGAAGCCUUAGCGAGUCGAGUUUUAGAAUUAGGACCUGUCGGUGCCAAAUUCUUAGGUCCAGUUAUUAUUGAGGUGCCUCAUUUUGCUUCGUUGAGAGGAUCCGAACGUGAGAUCGUCAUAUUGAGAUCGGAUAAUGGAGAAACGUGGAGAGAGCAUACGAUGGAAGCCACCGACGAAGUCGUUCACGACGUUUUGAACGAAUCGUUCGACAAAGAAGAAUUAAGUCACAUGGAAGAUUUGUCUUCCGGUAGGAUAACGAGAAUUUUGACCAAUGACUUCCCGCAAUAUUUUGCCAUACUUUCGAGAGUUCGCCAAGAGGUUCAUCCCAUUGGUUCGGAAGGUGGAAUGGUAUCAUCGAGUGUGGUUCCUCAAGUUCAAGCCGUUUUCCCGCAGGGAGCACUCACUAAAAAAAUCAAAGUCGGGUUACAGGCUCAACCGAUACCUGCUGAACUUACGGCGAAACUUUUGGGAAAUAGAGUUGCCGUGUCACCGAUUGUAACGGUCGAACCACGUAGAAGAAAAUUUCACAAACCUAUAACAUUAACGAUACCCGUGCCUAGAGCUGCCAACAAAGGAAUGAUAAAUAAUUAUUCGAGUGAUGCUCCCACACUCAGAUUAUUAUGUUCUAUAACGGGAGGUACGUCUCGAGCUCAAUGGGAAGAUGUAACCGGUUCGACGCCUCUGACGUUUGUUAACGAUUGCGUUUCAUUUACCACAACCGUAUCGGCCAGAUUUUGGCUCAUGGAUUGUCGAAAUGUGGGUGAAGCGACAAAAAUGGCAACCGAACUGUAUAGAGAAGCUAUACACGUUCCUUUUAUGUCUAAGUUCGUUGUGUUUGCCAAAAGAGUGGAUACGAUGGAAGCGAGACUUAGAGUGUUUUGUAUGACUGACGACAAAGAAGAUAAAACUUUGGAACAUCAGGAAAAUUUCACAGAAGUAGCCAAAAGUAGAGACGUCGAAGUGCUCGAAGGAAAGCCUCAAUAUGUUGAAUUUGCCGGAAAUUUAGUGCCCGUUACGAAAUCCGGAGACCAAUUACAAAUAGGUUUUAAAGCCUUUAGAGAAAAUCGUUUGCCUUUCACUGUUAGAGUAAAAGAUCCACUUGUUGAUUCAAUUGGCCGACUUUUAUUUAUGAGAGAAGCCAAAGCAAGCAAGGGUGAUCCGCCACAACAGCCGACGUGUUGUCUUAAUAUUGUUUUACCAGAAACUAUAAUGCCUGAUUUAUCACUUUCUGAACCUGAUUUAAUAGCCUUACAGAAGAAAAUAUCCGCCAUGAAAAACGGUGGAAUAGAAGCACAAAGAAGCGACUUGCGAUUGUCGGACGUAUCCAAUCUAUUGGGGUAUGAUUGGAUAGUACUCGCAUCGCAUUUAAACAUUGACGAUUCGGACGUGACGCUAAUAAAAACCGAAAAUCCUGCAAACGUUGCACAACAAGCCAGAGCCAUGUUAAGGCUUUGGUUGUAUCAGCAAGGAAACAAAGCAUCAAAGAAAUCAUUGGAAAAAGCAUUGCAUCGAAUAAAUCGUGACGACGUAUCGGAGCAAUGUAAUCUCACGGACAAACAAAAAUCAAAAUCACCGAGUCAAAAGGAAGAAUUGGGAAGUCAAAUCAUUCAUCUCGGUGAUGAAAAAGACAUAAUGAAAGUAUCGGAAUCCGUUGAAGAUCUCGUACAAGCGGACGAUGGUAAAAAAACAAAAGCACAUCACGAAAGAGAUGAAAAAAAAUACAUGGCAGAAGAAAAAGAAAUACAAGAAGAGGAAGAAGGAGAAGAAGAAGAGGAGAAGAAAACGGUUAAAGAAAGAAAGCAGGAAAUUGAAAAAAGAUUAUCUCAGGAAAUAUUCGACAACAUUAAAAUGGGUGUAACUCCCGGAGAAGUCAAAAUACCAAAACCAGCGCAAACGAUAUACACGACUACGACAACGACGACAAAAGAUUUCAUUCAAAAUGAAAUACAAUACGUGUCAAAAUUGGACAAACACGAAGAGGAACCGAUAGAGAAACAAAUAUCGGUCAAGGAAAAAAUAUCAAAAUUUCAAGACAAAGAAAAAUCAACAUACGGUAGAACGUCGCCACCGAAAACGGAUAACAAAAAAGAAAUGGAAACGGAAAAGGAAAAGGAAAAAAUCCCGUACGAAAAAGAAUAUAAAAAAACGGGAGAUGAAAAAGUUAAAGAUAUAAUCAACCGCGAAGAAAAACUAUUGGGAGAAAUGGCUAGAAAAGAAUUAGCAGAAGAACCCGUGGGAGAAGUCAUGGACCACAAACAACUCGGAGACGAAAGAAUCAAAAGAGAUUCUCAACAACUUUUUAAAAACGUGAGCGAAGGCCUUGGAAAAAUCGGGCAAAAAAUUGAUGUUGAAAAAGGGAAAAAAAGGGAAAAUUUGAAUCGUGACGUCAUAACUUUUUGUGGGGCUUUGCUCUUAUUAUCUCAUAGAUUUGGUUAA